GUUGUUCAUCAGCGGUCAGUGUAGCUCAGAGACACUCAGACACAUCUCCAUCUUCAGCUCAAUAGAUAAGUGUGAUAAAGCGCGGAGAUGACGAUCCUGGAGGUGAGCAGUCAGCUGAUAGAGAGCGCAGUCUUGCAGAUGAGCCUGACUUCAGUUCUGCUGACCGCGUCUGUGUUCACACUGACUCUGGGAUACAUCAGCAAACUGCUCUUCACACAGCACAGCCCUGCACACACGAAGUAUCCUCCUCAUAUCCCGUCCAGUUUGCCGUUUUUGGGUCAGGCUGUGGCGUUCGGCAGAAGCCCCAUUGAGUUUCUGGAGAAGGCAUAUGAGCAGUAUGGGCCUGUGGUGAGCUUCACUAUGGUGGGAAAGACCUUCACGUACCUGCUGGGCAGUGACGCAGCGGCUCUAAUCUUCAACAGUAAGAAUGAAGACCUGAAUGCGGAGGACGUUUACGCCAGACUCACCACACCUGUGUUCGGCAGGGGCGUGGCCUACGAUGUGCCCAAUCCUUUAUUUCUGGAGCAGAAGAAGAUGCUGAAGACCGGCCUGAACAUCGCACAGUUCAAACAACACGUGGAGAUAAUCGAGGAAGAAACCAAAGAUUACUUCAGACGAUGGGGAGAGAGUGGAGAGAGAAAUCUGUUCGAGGCGCUGUCAGAGCUCAUCAUCCUGACGGCGAGUCGGUGUCUGCACGGAUGUGAGAUUCGCAGUUUGCUGGAUGAACGCGUCGCUCAGCUUUACGCCGAUCUGGACGGAGGAUUCACACAUGCGGCGUGGCUGCUGCCCGGAUGGCUGCCGCUGCCCAGCUUCAGACGCAGAGAUCGAGCACAUCUGGAGAUCAAGAAAAUCUUCUAUAACGUCAUCAAGAAGCGCAGAGAAGAUACAGAGAAACACGACGACAUCCUGCAGACGCUCAUAGACGCCACGUACAAAGACGGCCGUCCUCUGAGCGACGAUGAGAUCGCGGGGAUGCUAAUCGGGCUGUUGUUAGCGGGUCAGCACACAUCCUCCACCACUAGCGCAUGGAUGGGCUUCUUUCUGGCGCGGGAUCGAGUCCUGCAGGAGCGCUGCUACAGCGAGCAGAAGAGCGUCUGUGGAGAAGAGCUUCCACCGCUGCAUUACGACCAGCUGAAAGACUUGAGUUUGCUGGACCGCUGCCUGAAAGAGACGCUGCGACUCCGACCCCCAAUAAUGACCAUGAUGAGGAUGGCCAAAACACCGCAGAAAGUGGGUGAAUACACCAUCCCGCCGGGACACCAGGUGUGUGUGUCUCCCACAGUAAACCACCGUCUGCAGGACACCUGGGCGGAGCGGCUGGAUUUCGACCCAGACCGUUACCUGCACGACAACCCAGCGGCCGGAGAGAAGUUCGCCUACAUCCCAUUCGGAGCAGGUCGCCAUCGCUGUAUUGGAGAAAACUUUGCCUACGUGCAGAUUAAAACCAUCUGGUCGACUCUGCUGCGGAUGUUCGACUUUCAGCUGGUAGACGGACACUUUCCACCUGUCAACUACACAACCAUGAUUCACACACCGCACAACCCCAUCAUCAGAUACACACGGAGGAACACACAACCACAGCAGUGAUGGAAACACCUACAUUACUGCGCUCAGAUCAGCCAUUUCUUAUUUAAUAUGUGGGUCACGCUUUACAAUGAGCUUAAUGCAUGCACUGACAUCAACACACAGUCAACAGUACAUUCAUUACAGUAUUUGUUCAUGUUAGCUAAUGAAUACAGUUGCUCAUUGUUAACGCAUAGUGUAUUAACUAAUGUUUACAAGUAUGAGUUUGGAUGUUAAUGCAUUACAAUACAAUUAUUGUUCAUUAUUAGUUCAUGUUAGUUAAUGCAUUCACUAAUGAAGCUUAUUGUAAAGUGUGACCAUUGUGUCUUAUUUGACCGUGAAGUGACCUGUGCUGCAUAAACACUUAUUUUUGUAUGAUUGAAAACCUGUAAUGCAUUGUAAAACUAUCUGUUCAUCAGCAGUCUGUGUGUUUUGUGUUUAUUUGCGGUGGUGAAUUGCAUUAUGGGAUGUUAAUCUCUCCUCUGUCCACUUCUGAUGUAGAAAAUUCAACUCCACAGUUUAACAAAGAGACUUUUAUUGACAUUUUAGUGGUUUAAAAUAAUAUAAGAAAUAAUAUUUAGAGGAAUAAGUGUGUAAAAUGACAGAAAAUGAGCUGCAGUUUAUUACAAGGGUUCUGUAGUAUAAUAAACACCACCAACACACACAAUAUAACACUGCAGACUAUUACAAAUGACAAUAAAAGUCACUUUUCAUGGUUAAAAGGUGUCGGGAGGAAGAUCAAGAUCCCAUAAUGCAAUUCAAGAGCAGAAAUAAACUAGGGAAAAAAUAAAGGCUUGAAUCAGUAAAUACAGAAAACUGCUAAUUUAUGAAUAUUUUUAGUGUAUUAAAGGUUUUAAACAAUAAACUCUUGAUGUUUUA